AUGGGAGGCAUCUCGGCAAGCCAGCAGCGAGCUCCACCUCAGCAAACUGUGGGAGAACUUGAGCCCCAGGUUGGUGGAGCAGGCAAGCGCCAACACCAGGACCCCGAGUGCCUUGACACAGCACAACUCCAGACGGGCAGGCAUCCUCUAGCAGCCAAACCUUCCGGUGUGUCGGAGAAACCUGGAGAACUGUCUGCAGCGCCUGGUCCCAUGUCCAUGUCACAAACCCAGUAUGUGUCAAAGGAAGCUCUUCUUGACUCCAAGGAUUUAUAUAUUGAUGAUGAAAUAAUUUUUGUAAGUAAUUUGGUGGAGUAUAAAAAGCAGCUACCUACUUUGUAUACUCUUUUGAGUAGACUAAAAGUGUUUUUAUUAAAAGAUCCUUGUUUAGAUUUCAAAGAACAACAGAUCUUCAUAGAAGCUGGUCAUUUCAGGGUGGAGCUGUGUUCAGAAAACUAUCGAAGUUCCCUGGACUCUCUUUUACUUGCAGGCAGACUUGCCUGCUGGAGGUUCACCGUUCACAAUUCAUGUCCUUGCCUCCAUGACUUCCCAAACAAACCUGCUGGUGGGUCUGCCUGCCACGAGUCUCUCCCCACUGCAGUCUAUCCUCCUGUCAGCUGCCAGAUGCCACAAACCAAAGAGCCUGUAAUUCACUAUUCAAUUACAGCUUUGAAAAGAAUAUUUUCUGUCGAGGUAGAAAUCAUUACACUUGAUUCAUUAAAAGAAGAAUGGUGGAAACAAGAAGGACUGAAUAUGAUAAUGACAGAUACCUUGGAAUAUCUGACUCCAGAUCUGUGUUAUCACAACCAAAAUGGAGAUAUUACAACUCAAAUGGAGAUAUUGCCUGUAAAACCACUUCAGUUGGAGUAUAUGUAUAUAUCUGUUGAAAAACCAACAAGAGAAGAAAAGACAAAGAGUAAACCAGAAGAACUAGUUUCUAUCAUAGUCAAAGAGGGAGAAAAGAAAGAUACUUAUGAAUCACUAGACUACAAAGCAUUAACUAUUGAACCAUACACUACAUCAGUAAGUCAUAAUGUACCUUUUGAACCUGGUAGAAAAUAUGAGGAUAAUUUGGAUUCUUUGAGCAACUUUAUCAUUCUGAGAAACAAACAUAUGACCAUCCUGUCAGAACCUCAAGUUAUUAUGGAUGAUAGCCAAAAAGAAGAAUCCAGAAUGCAAAGCAAAGAGUAUACUCUGACUCUUGAAGAAGAGAAUUCUACUGUUUGUAGAGAGCUGUCCCCUGAGAAAAAUCAAGAAAAGGAGAUGAAUAAUGUCACUGAAGUUCAAGCAACUGAUAGCCAGUGCCAGGCAUACAGUGUCUUAGAAGCGAUAGCUACUCCUUUAUUGAAAAAACUUGCUUGCCAUGAUAAUCUUCCUACAUCAGACUGGAAAUUUGCCUGUCUUGGCUUUGACCAAACGAGAUUUUUCUUAAAGGAGCAAGAAAAAAUGAUAAAUGACAUUUUUCUUCAAGAUAAAAAUGAUGAAAGAGAAGUAAUAUUGAAACAAGCAGCACUGGUCCAUCUGUUGGUAACAGUUCGAGAUCUUCUCUUAAUGUGUACCUUGGACACAGCAUUGGGAUAUUUACUGAAAGCAAAAGAUGUCUACAAAAGCAUGCUAGGUUCCUGUUUGGAUAUUAUUUGGAAACAGCUUGAGAUUGUACAGUUUAUCAGGAAGAAAAAGCCUGAAACCAACCACAAAGAACAACAAUUAUAUUGUCUGAUGUUACAUUUGGUACAAACGAACAAUACAGAAGAACAUCGAUUUAAGGUGCUAAUUAUAACAAGAAUGGACUCAGACGAUGAACAUUGUCUCCUUAUUGAAAAACUUAGCAAAAUAAAAGGUUACCUCAAGAAGUGUUCCUGCCUGGUCAUACAUAAUCGACAAAUUGGACCUGACUUUCCCUGGACUGAAUUCUCGUUCAUGGUGGAAUAUAAUUAUGUAGAAAACUGUUGCUGGACUGAGCAUUGUAAACAAUUGGAUAUUCCUUAUAUGACCUUUAAAACAGUUCUCCCAGAUGGAGUUUUUAAAAAAAGUGCCUCGCUGGACAGAUUUGGUGGUUUUCUUUUGGAAAUUCAAAUCCCGUAUGUGUUUCUCACAUCUGAAGGACUGCUUAACACACCAGAAAUACUUCAGCUACUAGAAUCCAACUACAAUAUAACUUUAGUGGAAAGAUGUUGCAGUGAGUCCUUACAACAGUUUGGGGAUACGGAUCGUUAUGUGGUGGUGACAGUUGAUGAGGGCACAGCCAUAAUUAUUCAGGGUCUGGAAGAACUGAAUUAUGAAAAGGCAUCAGAUAACUUCAUUUUGAAAUUGAUAGCAUUAUCAAUCCAGUACAGCUACUGUUGGGUCAUUUUGUACUCCAAGGAGAGACUGAAUUCAGAGUACUGUCUUACAGGAAAAACACUUCAUCACCUAGCACUGAUCUAUGCAGCUUUGGUUCCAUUUGGGGUGAAAUCUGAAGAACUGGAAGUGAAGGUUGUUAUUAUGCCAGGAGUAGAAGAAACUGCACAGCUAAUUCGUCAAAUUGCUGACCACAAGUUGAUAUCCUCUAAGAGAGAUCCUCAUGAAUGGCUGGACAGGUCUUGGCUUUCAAUUUCACCAUCUGAGGAUGAAAUGUGUUUACUUGAUUUUCCGUGUAUCAAUCCCUUGGUGGCUCAGCUUAUGUUAAAUAAAGGACCUUCACUGCCUUGGCUGCUGUCUGCAACUCUUGAUCAACUUCAAGGACUUCUGCCUGAAGUUCCCUCCAAAGUGUUAAAGCACUUUUCUGAGAUUACUUCUUUGUUCAAGAUUGGUUCUUCCCUGACAAAGUCACCUUUAAUUUCAUCAUAUCAAGAAAAUGAAUACCAACCUGGUACCAUCUCUUCUCAGAGUUCAAUCUCAAGUUCUUCAGCAUUAAUCAUUCGAGGACAGGAUAAAUAUUAUUGUUAUCCAAAAUUAUAUGAAAAAGUGCCUGAAGAUGCAAGUCUGUCUUCAAAUUAUACCACUUCCCUUACAGGACCAAAUGAAAUACAAUGUAUUUUACCAUCUUCAAAAUCUUAUGAACAAAUGAACUGCUGGGAAGAUUCCAAUUUGAACCCAUACCAACCACAGGAUACUGCUUUUCUAAAUAACAAAGGAUCCAGAAGAACAGCUGGCACUUCCUUCCUAAGGCAGAAUGAUUCAGAGUCAGAUGUCUUUUCUUUGAGACUAGCUGAAAUGAGUUAUGAAGCAAGAAUGACUGAGAAAAAAUUCAACAAUCUGUAUGUCCAGCAAAAAUCUGGAAGAUAUUCAGGACAGAAAAGACACAUUGCAACUUCAUCAGAUUUAGCAGGGAAUGAAUCAUUAACAGAUUUAAUAUAUUCACAGCAACCCCAACGCAAAAAAAGGCGUCUAGUGUAUGAAAAAGUCCCUGGAAGAACCGAUGGCCGAAGACACUUUAAGUUCUUUUGAAGAAACACUAGGCC